CCCACAGCAUUACUGGAAUUCUUGAGAGCAACUUGUGUGCUCGUUUCUGUGUCUGAUUGUGUUGAGUGGUUUUGUUGAAUUUUAGAUCUUGAUCGCACUGAUCUGUUUAACUUGGGACUAUUAUAUCAAAACAUAAGCAAUGGCAAAUAUUGUGAACGCCCCAGACUUACCUUCAGAAGACGAUGAGGAUGACGACUAUGAUCCAAGCAGGGAUCCAGAUGCAGAGAAGGAGGAUGCCAAUGGGAAGAAGGCAAAGCUUGCUGGUGGCAGAUCGAAGCGGAACAGCGGCCAGAUCGCAUCAGGGGAGGACGUAGCAGACGAAGAUGACGAUGCAGACGCAGAAGAACAGCAAGAAAUCGUCCCACACUCAAAGGCAGCCACCAAAAAAGCCAAGGUGAAUGCACUCUGGGACCAGCUGCAGCAAGGUUCCUCAGGAGCCAGAGCUAGCGAUUCAGCAGGGGCCUCAAGCUCUGGGAACCCACCAAAAGCCCCUGCCAGGGGUGGGAAUGAUUGGGGUGCCCUCUGCCGACCCGUUCCCAAAGGGGCACCCAAAGAGGACAAAAAUAGGAAUUGGAUGCUCCAGCUGGGGUUCAAGGGAGCUUCACAAGGGAGCAAGGGUGACAGCCCUGCACCAGCUGGCCAACUGCAGAAAGCGCCUUGCACGGGUGCAGAAACUGAAGGGGGCAGCGACAGACAAGAGUCUGGCCCAUCUACUAGCAAGCCACAGUCCAGCACACAGGUGCAGGCGUCAGAGUCAAAGCCGGCUGUGUCACUGGCGGCAGCUGCAAUGGCGGCGGCAAAGGCGGCAGCCUCUUCAUCCGCUAAUGGCAAAAUCGCCGUUACGGAGACUCGCAGAUUUGCGGGCAAGAACAUAGAGAUGACGAGGCAGGUGUCAGUGUCGGCGGCGGCGGCCGAGGCGGAGGCGGAGAAACAGAAGCGCAACAAGGCUGGCUUGGACGCUGUGCUGGCAUCACUGCAGGCUGCCAAGAAGGUCAAUGUCCUCGACAAGAGCCGCUCUGACUGGAGCACCUUCAAACAAAGCGACACCCAGGUGGAGGAGGAGUUGGAGGCGUACAAGAAGAGCGGCGACAAGUAUCUGGACAAGGUGGACUUUUUGAAGCGCUCGGAGCUGCGGCAGUACGAGAAGGAACGCGACGCACGACUGGCCGGCGACAUCCGCUCGCGCGGCCGCCUCUAG